AGACGACAGCAUCGCGCCGAGCCGGUGGGAAGAAGGCGAUUGUUUGCGGUGCCAGGCAUCGCGAUGCUGCCACUGCUGCUGCUGCAACCCUCGUUCUCUCUCUCAUUCACGCACGCAUCGAUCUAUCCGCGACCUCGAUGUGACAGCAGAAACGCAAGAGGAGGAGACGCGCAGGGUUAUUGAACUCGUUGGCACUGCGGCGUAGUGUGCAUUCCGACGGUCGCCAUGUGUCGCGCGGGAUCUAGCGUCGCGAGGACGAGUGACUCUUCUCAGAAUUUCGUUUCCCCGCUUUGGUAAGAUGCAUUUGUCGUGAUGUCUUUGCAUGGCAGGAGGAGGAAAGUAGCUAUUUCAUUCAAAUAAUUCCAAUAUGUUCGUCUGUGUGACAGCCUCCAGGGACGAACAAUGAUUCCCGCAGACCAGACAGUGUGUUUCUGCUGUGUUGGACCUGCUGAACACAAUGCCGGCUGAGUGAGAGAAACUUCUAGAAUCAGAAUUAUGCUAAACGCAAAACAAAGUAUUUUAUUCGAGUUUUAAUUUAUGUGAGAGCAUACACAUAUGGUAACAAAUGACAGUUUGAAGAAGUGAAGGUUUGGUUCUAGAAUCAGACGUCUGCACGGUACACACCAAGUUCGGAGACAGUCGUGGUGGUGGAUAACAGGUGUCAUCCAGGGGCAGAAGUGUACGGUUUCUUGUCAACGAUGGCCUGCAGCUGACCAACGGAAGAUAAAAGAAACUUUGACGUGAUCAACGUAUAUGAAGGACUCUGAAGAUCAAGAACAAACCUGCCAAUAACACAAGCCAUCAAACUGCGGCUGAUCGAGGCUCGAAUGACCUAAUUUGGCUUAUGCUGGAAGAGAGCUCCGUUACUAGCCGACAGCCGUUCGUGCUACUAAUGCAGGACCGACCGCAGCAGACGACGACCAGAUUGCAGCGUCUUCUUUGGGAGUCUCAGUUCCAAGGCGACAAGAGCGACAAGGCCAGCAAGGGGAAUUCCCGGCAUAUUCUGCGCUGACGGAGGAGUAAAUUGUCUUCAGAUUUUCCAGAAAAGUCAUCCGUGUGUCCUGUUUGUAUCUUCAUUCGUCAAUGACACGUCAUUCAUUCAAGGGUUGCUGUCUCGUCGCGUGCUUCAACUUUACAAAAGUACAUUCAGCUUCUGAGACUUGAAUGAAGCCCAGGAAUGUUGAACACAAAAUCUGAAGACCCAAUUCGAAAAGUGACAUAUGAAUUCUUAAAAAAGCCCACACUCAUAAAAGUUAUGAGCAGUUGCUCACAGAGAUAACUGGUUUUGAUCCUGAGGGACGAAAUGCAGCUGUCCAUACCAAGAUACGGCACCGCCUAAAAAGGAGUAAUGGUGUCCAUCUAGCUCAAAAGUUUUUGCUCUGUAAAAUCGAAAAGUUUUUAUUUAACUGUGUAGAAAAAUAAACCGCUGCAGGCAAGAUUAAAUCACGAAGCAGGCGCCAUUUUGACGUACCUGUACAAGAGGUGUCUGCAAUGUAGGGGAAGGACAGAGGAAAAACAACCACAGAAGUAUGUUUCGUAAUCCUAAGAGCUGUUGCCGCUAUAAAAAAUUGAAAAAGAUUCUGAACUUUUGCGAGAAGUCUAUCAUCGAUUGGAAGAAAUUCGUGUUCUUAUAUGACGGACGUGGGUGAGCGUGUGGCUCUGUUGUGUAGUUUUGGUGCGGGUUUCUGCAGGACUGGCAACGGCGGCCGAAACCAAAAGUGAGAGUUGAAGCGCGUGUGCACAUUUGUUUGUUUAUUGUUUUUUGUGGGGGUGGAGGAGAGGUUGGUUAAGCGUGCGCUAGCGUGUGAGCGCUGGGGAAGAAGCUGCGCGCGUGCAUCAUGAGCUUGCCUGACUUCACAGUGAGUGUGCAGGCUUCGCCGGCCUAUCCCGUUGUGACCGACCUGGUGGAUUUGCCGCUCCCCGACCACUUCCCGGAGCCGUACUGCGAUCCGUAUCCGGAGUGCCACCCCGACGACGCCUUCUCUGAAACAUCGACACCGCUACCUUCAUCUUCGUCGUACAACCACGUGGUGCACAUCGAGACUGGCGACACGACAGUGUACGGCGGUUCCUCCGCGCGGCAAGUCCUGCCACCCAAAAGCAGCGGCGAGUUGCAGGAGGUGAGGGAGGGUAUCCGGCGGAUCACAGACAAGUACGCCGCCCCCGGAGCUUUGGUCAGAAACUCCUCUGCCUGCUUUUCCCCUACUGCCGAUAUGCCUUCGCACCACGCCGCUCCGCGGCCGCCCGCCGCUGCCACCAGCAUGAACAGUCUGCACUCAACCGCGACGGAUUCGAGUGGCAUGGGCCUCGGGGCGCGGCUGACAGCAGGCAGCGUCUCCGCCUUCUCUGAUGCGUCGUCCGACCUUUCGUCUGACGCCUCCCCCGUCCCACCCUGGACGGGCAGUACUAGCGACACCAGCGGCAGCACCAACGGCGGCGGCGGCGUGACGCUAACGCGCGGCGGUCCCGGAUCUAGCAGCCGCUUAGUAAGUGUCGGAGGCGUGUCCCUGGCCAGCCUGGGCGACGGCGUGACGGAUCAGGACGUGCAGCAGGUGGAGAUGUUCUACCGUAGCCACAAGUCGGAGGUAACGGUGUGCCGCUGCCUUGCCAACCUGUACUUUGGAACUGGUGUGCCGCGCGGUAGCUUCGUGGGGGGUGACGGCGGCACCGCCUCCGCACCGUCCAGUGGCAGCGACUCGUGGGAGUUCAUCAACACUGGCAUCCCCUUGCUUGUCCUUGACUCUGGGCAGCACGUGCGCGAGCGCCGCCUGUCGGUGGUGCUGGCCGAAAAAGGAACAGGCUUUGUGCUGUGGAAGGAUGUCAUCACGCACCUGACGCACUACGCCUGCCCGCACGCCAACUUCCACACGCUGCGCGUCUCGGCCGACAACAACAAGCUGGCUGGCCUCAGUUUCGACGACAGCAAAGCCGCCAACGACUUCGCCGCCAUCAUCCGGCAGCUGACCUCCGACCCUGACGACGAUCUGCUGAUGCUGAGUAAGAAGGGCAAGAAAAAGAAAAAGAAACCCCAGGAGAGCAAGCGGCACAAGUACAAGCCGCCCAAGAAGACGGACAUCUCGCAGCCCUGCUGCUUCCAACACGUCACCAAGCUGGAGCGGCCGCAGGUUGACGGUGGGUUUGUGAUGCCCCCACCUCCUAACGGCUUCCCUCAGGCGGCCCCUACCGGCUCCCUCUCCAGCCUGUCGGACCACUUCCACGACAAAGUGACGCUAAGUCUGCCACGAGCGCGUAGUCAGAGCUCGGAACUGUCGGAAGUGUCGUCUGCUACUUCGGAGCACUGACACGCACCAAGGACGUUUAGGCUUGCAAAAGGAAAGAUUGUUUUUCUGCGUUAGCAUGUACGUGUGCAUACAGGAAAGGGGUUGGUGGGGUGAAGAGAAGUAAUCGACCAAAGAAAGUUACCAAAAUGCUUUUGCGUGAAGACUGUUUUUGGGGAGUUGGCGGUCGUGAUUUCUCAGGGUUGAAACCUUUUCGUCCAUGACCUCUGCCGCGAACGGUAGGUGAGCUGUGUAUGUGCCUUUAAAGCAGACUGGUUUUCUCGACGUCAGAACUACGUUGUUAGUGUUUUGGUCAGCCAUGUAGGGGACCCUGAAGUGCAUUCAUCGGGCGACGAGAUCGACGCCAUACCAAAGAACCAGACAGCCAACCAACCAGUCAGUUAGCCACGCCAACUCCCAACACAUAUACAUGUAAAUGCAUCUUUACACACACACACCUGCGUGUAGAGGCAGAAAAGUCACUUUGGCUUAUUCUUGGUCAUAUCUAGCAGGCAGAAUUUUGUCCUUCACUACCAGACGUUCACUGUCAUCAACGGAGAUAAGUAAGACGCACAAAGCUUUGGCUCAUAGCAUAUUCAGGCGAAAUAAAGUUUUCCUCAGUUUGUGUGACCCGUUCACGCCCUGCAUUGGCAGGCUGCGUUACAUGAACAUCAGUCACCAGGCACACUAUCAUGACAUCAUCGCUCAUUCUUGAAAUGUCUGAGCCGUGUGAAAUGUUUGAGUCCGCCAGGAAUUUCCCACUCUCUGUUUUAAAUUAUUCAUGUGUUGAUUGAAGCACUGAUUGCACGUGUUGGUGUUACUUGACGACUUGAAAAGGAAAGAAAAUUAUAUGGACUGGAAAAGAAGUGGAACAAAGUAUGCUUUGAAUAAAAAUGUAGAUCACGGACUGGAAUCUGAGAACGAGGAAACAUGGUGCACAAGAUACUGUAUACUUUUCACCUCUGUUUUUGAAAGGCGUGCAGUUCAAAUCCUCAGGGAAUUGAACUCCUCGGUACUCGUGUGUUUACAACCAAUCGCCAUCGCUUAUUUGCACUGUUAUGCGCACGUGCCGUGCUUCAGUUUUCGAUGUCCCAUGUCGAAAAGAAGUCCAUUGCGGUUUCCAUGAUCACAAGGGAAGCCAUGCACAAGCUUGCAAGUAAAUGUUUACAGAAAUUUUAUUGCACCCCCCUCCACCUUUGUGGGGUGCGCGUGACCACUUAGGCGCUUUGAAGGGGGGGAAACGUUCGCCCCCUAGGGACCAGGUUGCUGCACAAUGGCGUAGGACGAAUAAGUGGGACAGAAAUAAGAAAGUCUGGGCCAGGGCUAGAAACAGAUCCCUGGGACAGUUCGACUUUAUUAAUAUGUGGGAAUAAGGAGUUAUGAGAGAACGAAACAUGAUCAUGAUCUACAUUUGCAACAUCUAUCAAGAUGUGACACGGCCUCCCUCUGACUAGGCACAGUGCCCUGUGCGUCACUGAGUGUGUUCUAGAACGUUCAGAAUGUGGACAAGACGAGAAGACCAUGAAGAAAAAAGUCGUUGAUGACUUCUACAGUCUGACAAACUGUGCUUGCUUCAUUGUCGAAUGGUCCUGCAUAUGGCGGAGGAGCGGGAAGUGUUUGUGCGGGUGGUAUAGCAGGAGGCAGACUCAGCAGCGUCGUCUAUGAAACUUUCACAAAAUAUAUAAUACAGUAAAUAAGUCAGUCGCGCUCCAAACUGUCACAAGUGAUGGUGUGACAAGUCACGAGGAAGCUACCAACGACAGCAACCCGUGUAGGACAUGGUGACGAAAGUGUAAACAACCCUGAAAAACAAGAGACAUCGACAACACCACUGAUAUUGACCAUUAGCUAAUAAAAGACAUAAGUAACUUCAUUGAUAUUGGCCAUUAGUUGUUUCAGUGCCUGCUUUUUUAAAACUCCAUUAGACUAGAACACCAUCUGCAUGACUUUGUGAACAGAAACACUAAUGUACCAUAUCGCCCCAUGUUUGUGUCGUUGUGCAAGUCGUGCUGUACAAACCUGCGUCCUGUAUACGCCGUAGCAGUAAGUUCGCUGAAAAUGGAUGUGAUGGCUAGUCGGCGGGCGACAGCUUAAAGACCUGCAUGUCCCUCUCUCUUGACCAUUGUCUUUAUCUCUAACCCUUCCUCCCUUCUCUUUAAUCCCAUUAAGAUGGUUAGCUAGAAGCUGUACUAUGGGCUGACUUUACGACUCAUUCUCUUCAUCAAGUCGUCUCCAGAAAACUGUGGUGCACGGAACCAGAAAUGAGCUCACGGGAGACUUUUGAUUGUCCGCCUGCUUCAGAAGUGGAGCCGGUUCCCAGGUUCUUAGGCAGGAUGCUUAUCUGAGCAAGCCGACAUUUUAAUAUUAGUUUUUUUUCCCCCUUAGCUCUUCAGGUUGCUGGGGAAUGUAAGCCGCCUUUGCAAACAACAGCAAAGAAAAAAAAAACUGCUCCGAGGUGUACCCCGAACCUCAUGUCUGUGGUUUCUUCUCUCUUUUUUUUUUUAAGUCACAUUUUCUUGACUUUUUUCCUUUUUUGAGCUACAGGUUCAACUGUAGUUCUUUGUGACGCGAAAUUCUUGUCAUUCCAAUGUGCUGAAUUGUUUUUACACGGAUAGGAGAAAUGUUCAGCGAUAUUACACACACACGCGUAACACACAGUGAUAGCACAAUACAUAUCCACACAUACGCAAAACGCGCUAACGUACUUGGGACAUCGUAAGACCGGAAUGGCAGAAGCAAUUGUUAACAUUUAUGGCACAUUGAGUUUAUAAACUACCCACCCUGUCUUCCUUCCUCCAACAUCGCACUUUCCUUGUACAUCACCCACUUCUCGUAGUCUGCUGCGGCCAGUGGAAGAAGCCUAGGGCAUGUCAGUAGGUCGCAACAUUUUCUGAUAUUUCUUUAUAGAAGAGCAGGCUUCCGCUAGCCUGUACCUAAGAACAGAUUCAGCUAGGGGAAAAAAAGAAGUAAUGGGAGACAUCUCAUUUUCUUCUAUUGUUAAAUGUAAUGUUGUUACGGUUUAUCAAAGAUGUCUUAUUUCGAUAAGCAAGAGAUUGCUUUUAAAAAUGAGACAGUUGUUGGCAACGCCAUCUAUAGAAAAAGUCUUUCCUCUAAGUGUGAGAGUUGCGAUUUCGAAUUUCAGAUGCAUUAGAAGUGUCGAUAACAAGUAAGACUUGGGUUCUUAGAGGAAGGAUUUUGAGGUAGAGGUGGGAAAACCACUUAUUUUUUCUAAUACUGUGCAGGCCGUUUCCCCUCCGAAUUCUGGAGAGACGGCGAACAGCGGAAGUGUGGAAAAAUGUCCUGAUGAUAAGAGGCUUGACUUUAAUUUGUCAGACUGGUUAAGAACACGUUUCGUAAUAAAAUACAAAGCCAGCAAGUCGACUGGUCUGAAGAACGAACACUUAAGAAUCUUCCUUCUCUAACACACGUACGCACACGAGCGCACUCAAACAAAGACACACACAAUAGCUAAACAGAGGCCGCGGAGAACUUUCUUUCGAGUGGAACAUCUUGAAGGGAGACGGAGAACAAUUAAACUGCUGGAAGAAAGAAGCCAACACACUUCCCUCUCCGAAUAAUAAAAAAGACUCAGAGAGAUUCUGGUUAUCCGUAUAUUUCCUCUUGUUGUGCCGAUGUCGAGGCUACUUAUCUGCAGGAGAAGGCGCAGGAGUCCUGCUAUCUGCCAGCACGGCAGGUCUCACGGGAAAGAAGAAACCAAGAAACACAAUAGAGAACAUUUGGGGUGUGCGGGGUGGAUCAUGUAGUUCUAAAAAAUAAUGAACAAACAAACCCACCUCGGUCGGAAAAAAAAGGCACGGGAGACAACUGAUCCCCGGCAGGUGGCGCUAACGUCGCGUGCAGACAAAAUGGCGGAACUCUCUCUGAAUGGAUUUGUGGCAGGACACCAUGAGUUCGUAAAGUGAGUGAACACGUCAAGGUAGUCUGGUGACGCUAUUUGUUAGCUGACGUCAUUCUGUGACGUAUUCAGGUAGACUACGCGUCAGUUUUUUUGCACACGUUCUAUGGUCACUUGUGGACUGUCAAUGACUUUCGUUCAUUGAUAAUGUGACACGAAGAGACUAUGAAAUACGUACGAUCACGUGUGUGUGUGCGUGCGCCCGAGAAUGUGCACUUGGAUGAGUUUAUACGUUGAAAAACGAUUAAAAGCAGAAUAAAUAUCAACCCACAGACGAUGGAUCAAGAAGAGAGAAUCUACUCGUAUUAAGAAGUGAAGGUAGACGGGCAUUGCUCAUCGAUAUCUGAGAGCUGUAGCAUGCCGGGAAAGCUAAUGUGCUCUCAACAUAUUCACCUUUAUAAAACUCCAGAAAACCGGACAGUUUUUUUAACCGCCGGGAGAUUGAAGAGGACUAAUAGCCAAAGUUUGAAUACUAGUCAAAGUUUUUCGUGAGAAUAUUUCUGUUCCCAUCUCCACUCAUUUUCUCAUCCUUCCUCCCAUAGUCUCCCUCCUCCCUUGCUCGCUGCUCGUAGUCGUGCGCUGGUGAUGUAUCAGAGCGGCCUCCCAUAUGCUCCGCUGUAUUGUGCUGUGGCUGAUGUGUGUUCUGUAGCUUCAUCGUAUCACAUACGGACUGCGACAGAUGAACUAUAUAAAUAUUGAUUGCUUGUU